AUGCAUCUGCUUUGUACUCUCCUUGCUCUGCUCUCUCUGAGCCAUGGCCUCAGUCCUAACUGUCCAGGACGGUGCAGCUGUGAUUCCAUGCAGUCGGUGCAAUGCUACAGACUCAUGGAGGUUCCCUCAGGCAUUCCUUCCACCACCAAGAGGCUUUACAUUAGCCACAGCAGAAUCCAGCAUCUCCAGCCAUCUAACUUCACCCAAUUGUUGGCUCUGGAAGAUUUUAUUCUGGUGGCCAGUGGAACGGAGUCUAUAGAAAAUGAUACCUUCAAAACUCUGAGUACCUUAAAGACCUUAGAACUUUGGAAAAAUAAGUUAAGAGGAGUCCCCAAUGCUCUCCCAGACAAUCUCGAAGUGCUGAAAUUAAAUGAUAAUUCCAUAUGUGUCCUAUAUGGAUCAGAUUUUGAAGGACUAAAAAAACUAAAAGUUCUGGAACUUAAAAACAACUUGAUCUCUUCCCUGUCUCCCAACAUGCUCUCUUCCCUCAUGAGUUUGCAACGUUUGAUGGUGGAUGGAAACAGAAUAGAGUCGAUAGAUGGACUGCUGACACUUCCCCACCUGAAACAUGUGAGCAUGGAGAAUAACAAGCUGAGUCAUGUACCGGGCAGCUCCUUGACUGCUCUUCAGUCUUUGCAAUUUCUCAGUUUCAGUGGUAACUUGCUGACUAAAAUUCCUACAAAUCUGCCCAAAUCCUUGCUUUCUUUGAAGAUGGAGAGAAAUCAGCUUAAAAUGGUUAGGUUUGGAGAUGUGAAACACUUGGAGAAUCUUUCCCAUCUUUAUCUAUCACAGAACUUCCUAUCUUCUAUUGAUGGGGCACAGCUGCUUGCCAACUUAACCACACUUGAGGUGUCCCAAAACCAGCUUCAAAUGUUGCCUCUCAGACUACCAGCAAGGCUGCAAAAACUUGACUGCAGCAGUAACUUGAUUCAGAGAGUCACAGCACAACACUUCCAGGAUGUCCGAGACUUAAAGCAUUUAUUUUUGGACAACAACAUUGUGAGCGUGUUCGAAGCUGGAGCCCUUCAGAGGUGUUCUCAGCUGUCCAACCUGGCCCUGGAGCAGAACCUGUUGUUGUCUAUACCUCUGAGGCUCCCCAAGACCUUAGCCAGGCUAGACCUAAAGGGCAAUGCCAUCCAGGACAUUGCUGUAAGGGAGCUCAAGGACCUCACCCAGCUCCAGGUCCUGAACCUGAGAAACAACAGGAUCUCUGCCUUAGACUUCAGGGCAUUGGAGGGUCUGUCUCGCCUCAGGCACCUCUACCUGGAUGGAAAUCCCUGGAACUGUACCUGUAGUCUCCUAAGAGCCCGGGAGGUCCUGAAGGCCAAGGGCACCGAUGUGAAGGGAGGACAGUGUGCAGCCCCGGCUGAACAACAAGGGGAGAGCUGGAUGUCAUCCAAGAAGAUCAUGAGGCAAUGUGAACAUCACUUACACCAGACUGAGAAAAGCAAAGACACCAGGAUGAAAUCAAGACUGGAAGAUUUCUCUAACAUCAACAUGAGCAUGGAUGAUGAUGAUUAUGACUAUGAAAUUUAUUAAGGAUGAGCUUUGCCUACACUUUAGAGAGUAGCUUUUUAAUACUCAA